GCACUCCAGCGCCGCCACCUCUAUGGUCGGCUGCAGUUAGCGCAGCGUUUCCGGCGGGCGCGGGGGGUUGUGGGGGAUCGUCGCGCGCCUCUUAUCCGCGGCGGUGCUGAGGAGCGGGAGCCGUGAUGUCUCACACAAUUCUACUUGUCCAGCCUACCAAGAGGCCAGAAGGCAGAACAUAUGCUGAUUAUGAAUCAGUCAAUGAGUGCAUGGAAGGAGUCUGUAAAAUGUAUGAAGAGCAUCUGAAGAGAAUGAAUCCCAACAGUCCAUCCAUUACAUAUGAUAUCAGCCAAUUGUUUGACUUCAUUGAUGACUUGGCAGACCUCAGCUGUCUUGUUUACCGUGCUGAUACUCAGACAUACCAACCGUACAAUAAAGACUGGAUAAAGGAGAAGAUCUACGUCCUCCUUCGCAGGCAGGCCCAGCAAGCAAGCAAAUAAUGGGGGCACCAUCAUUACAUGGGUUUGGGGGAGGGUUUGGACAACAGGUGUGUACAGAGUGUGGUAGUGAACGUUUUGUAUUAUAGUCAUCCUGUUGCCAUCUUGUUAAACUCUUUAGCCAGGACUGAAUGUAUUGUUAGAGAUACAAGGAUUUUGUUGGAUUUGACUUUUUUUCAGUGUAAAUGGAGCAGAAAGUGCAACAUCUUCAGCAGAGUUUUCAUUUGUCUUUUUUCCUAUGGUUAGCUAAUGGUCCUACCUUGUUUGAACCCCUGGGGCUGUUCACAUUGUACUUUGCCACAUUCACUGUACGUGCCCUUCUGUGGGGUUUCCAACAUUUAGUUAUGUCCUUGAGACGGUCUUAAUGGGGAAUAAAAAACUACCCUUUAGUUAAACUUGAGUGCUGAGUUUUGUGGGUUUUGCCAAACAACAAAUUUAAAUCUUUCUUGCCUGUUUGCCAAAGAACAGGGCUUGAAGGGUUAUGUGGACUUGAACCAACAGCUGUUUGCUGUAUUACAGAAUGGCUCAAAUUCUGGCCUGCCAAAUCAACUUUGUUGGCCUAGUCUUGACUACUGUCUUUCCUGGGGAUCUUUGGGAAAGACAGCAACCCUCUUGCACUCUAAACUUGAUCUUUCUACCAGGCAUUUAUAUUCCGGUAAGUUUGUCUGCUCUGGGAUAGGUGAUGGGUAAGAGCAAGCUGAAUAUAUCACAUCACAGACCCCAUGAAUUAGUCUGCUUCCAGCCUUCCCCUGAUAAGGGAAUAAGCAAAGCAAAUAGUUUUGAUUGGAGUCUGCCUCAAACUGCAUUUUCUCUUCACAAAGGAUAAGGACUUAACUGCUUGCACAUGCUGUAAAAUUAUAUCUGCCCCUGGAUGUCUUGAACACUGAUGUCUGUGUAGUUUUGCUGUACUGAAGAAGUUUGGAUUGGAGGACAUGAGGCCAAAAAUACAGCAGGUAGAAAAGCAAGGUUGGCUUGGUACUUUGUGCCUUUGGGUUAGUCUAGAGUUUGUCUACUAUAGGUGCAGAUUUGAGUCUUUGUACAGGUAUAGUCAACCAGGAGCAGUUCCAGGAUUAACAGAGGAAUGCAAUUCUCUCCAGCGCACUUAACUUCCUAAUACACAUCAGUAGUUUCUCAUGGACCUCACAGCAAAUGGAUUGGCUUAAAAGAAUGUGAGGUCAAAUUGACUGUCUGUAGUAAAGCUGUAAUGAAAAUAGCUUCACUGAAAUGGUAAGAGCUGCUGAAGACCUGGAAUCAAAUUACUGAAGAGAUAGAAAUUCUUAGAAAGCUGUUGGGAGGGCAUGUUAAACUUUUUUCCAAAUACGAAUACAAAUUGGACAUGAGACCUACUGGCUGUGCAGUUGUAGUUACCAGGAAUCAGAUUCAAUCUGUUAACAUCAAAACAUUCUUCCUUUAUAAUAAAUAGUGAUUUUCAAAACAUAGUAGGUCAGAAGUCUAUUAAUCCACUUAAGGUUACUUAAAUUUGUAAAUACUUCUGUAUGGAAGCUUUAUAUUCAAAUGCAGCUUGACACAGUAAGUAAAAUUUACAAAAUAUGCUCUUUUCCCAUAUAAUAACAUUCAGGUUUCAUAUAAGCAAUGUUAUUUAAUCAGCUUGGAUAGCUUAUCGUCCUGGAUAGCAAGUAGUAAAAUAACAUGUUCUUAUCCUAACAUGUUUGAGGUUUACUGCUGGUAAAUGUUUACAACUUUUUGGUAAAAAUUCCAGUAUUCUCAUGGUAGAUCACUCAAGGUGUUAAGUAGGAUGCAAUUUUGCAGACUUUAAAUGAAGGCAAAUAAACAUGCCCGUUCACAUUAAAAAUACCAAUUGAA